CAUCAUAACAAUGCGACACUUCUCCUCUAACAUAGAAAGGAAAAUAGCUCCAAUCGACGUUCAGUCCCUCAUAACAAUAACGUAACAACGAUAAAAGAGACUCAUUGAUGUAGAAAAAAGUCCAAUAGGGUCUGGCUGCGGACACAAGAACUGUGGCCGAUUUUCAUUUUCGUUCCAAUGGGAGAAGUAGGAGGAGAAAGAGGACGGAAAGGGGCAUCUUCCGGUGCAGCAGCAUGAUAAGUCUAGUACAGUCACUCGUGUCUGCUGGUUGGCGGAGGUGGAAAAUAUGUCGAAUGUUUUCUUUCUUAUCUUCUCGUAGUCAGUGUUAAAAUUUUACCCUAUGGACUAAACAGAAAAACUAAAAAUUACGGCUUUUAGCAUUUGAAGUAUUGAAGACAAUUCCUGAAGGCAAUGGAGGCCCAAGUGGAGGAGAGGAUGUGUGGGAAACUGAGGUUGGCCUGCGGUCUUUACAAUGACAAGCUGAGAGACAUCUUCACGUGGGAAUUGUUAAAGACCCUUGCAAUGGGCCAAGUCUUGUCCCUGUUGAUCUGCGGCACGGCGGUGAGCUGCCAGUAUCUCGCCAAUGCUGGCGUGGAGACGCCCAUGUUACAGAGUUUUCUCAACUACGCUCUUUUAUUGCUUGCCUACACCACCGUCCUCUGUGUCUACAAAGAGGAGCAAAACAUCCUGCAGGUGCUUAAGACCAAGUGGUGGAAGUACCUGCUGAUGGGUCUGGCGGAUGUGGAGGCUAACUACACGGUCGUCAUGGCCUACCGUUAUACCACAUUGACCAGCAUCCAGCUGUUGGACUGCUUUGUGGUACCAGUGCUGAUGGUCAUGUCCUGGUUCCUGCUGAAAACUCGCUACAGGCCGCUACACUACAUCGCCGUGACCGUGUGCCUGCUGGGCGUGGGCGCCAUGGUGGGUGCCGACAUCCUGGCCGGAAGAGAUCAGGGAUCCACCAGUGAUGUUGUGCUGGGCGACAGCUUGGUGCUUAUCAGUGCCGUCCUCUACGCCGUGUCUAACAUGUGCCAGGAAUUCACAGUGAAGAACAGGAGCCGGGUGGAGUUUUUGGGAAUGAUGGGCUUCUUUGGGACGAUCAUCAGUGGGAUUCAGCUGGCCGCAAUGGAAAUUGGUGCAGUCAAGAAAAUUAAGUGGAACUUUCACAUUGCUAUGCUGUUUGUCCUCUACAUGCUGUGCAUGUUUGCGCUGUACAGUUUCAUGCCGGUGGUGGUGAAGAGGACGAGCGCCACCGCAGUCAACCUCUCGCUUCUUACCGCUGACCUCUUCAGCCUCUUCUGUGGCCUCUUGCUCUUUCACUACACGUUUUCAGCGUUGUACAUCAUAGCGUUCACACUCAUCAUGGUGGGCUUCGUCACCUUCAACGCCGUGCCAACCCGCACAGCUCAACUUGACACUGACUCCACGGACACCACGGACCAGGAAGCCCAGAGCGCUUCGGACCGUUUGCUGCCCGCUGACAGAAAUGGGCAAAGUAACUUGCCGGUGGUCUCUGCGCUCUGACCAAAGAAGAAGAAAGUCUUCUUUUUCUAAGAAAAGCAUAUCAAGUGUUGCCUUCUGUCCUGCUGUUACAAAAACAGGCAAAAUAUGUUGUUGACCUUCAUUUUGGGAAGGCAAUUUAUCAUUGAAUUCAAAUAUUCCUGAAGAAAUGUUAUGGAAUUAUGGGGAUUCUUGCCACAAAGACCAUUCGCGAGGGGUCUAAGCGACCCCAAACUUUUGAACCGUAGUGUAUCAUAUUGCAUUUUUCAUUAUGUACACUAUGGUUCAAAAGUUUGGGGUCAGUGUAAUUCAUUUUGCAGUCCUACAAUGAAUUGUUACAGAGACAUUUUGAUGUUUUCUUUUUAAUACAGCCAAAUCCAAACCCACCUUGUAUCUUGGAUUGACAGACUAAAUAUUCGUACUACUAUCACAUGCAAAAAUGUUUUUUCCUCCUACACAAUUGUAAUUUUAUUUAUUUUUAACCUUAAAUAGAAGAUUUAUUUUAAGUCAUCUUUUGUUUUUCCCAAAAAGUUAGCUGCUUAUAUAAUUCAUAUUUCCAAUAUUGUCAACUGCUCAACUGAAGUGCAUUACUUUUUUUUUUUUUUUUUUAAAUUGACUUAUUUUGAAAAAUCUGGUAAAAGUGGCGAAAUACUGCUGUUUGUCUAGUUAAUCAUAUUUGAAAAUAUUUACAUACAUUAUUUUAUUUUGAAUGUUGUAGAAAGUACUUUUUUUAACCUCUGAAAAUGGGAGCGAUGCCUUUUCUUCUGCCAAAAAUGUUUACUGUAU